AUGGGCAAUUGGUUUACAAAACUCUAUGAUGCACUGGCAUCGUUAAGUAGCGGAAAAGAUGCACGAAUAUUAAUGUUGGGAUUGGACGCUGCUGGAAAAGCGACGAUUUUAUACAAAAUUAAACCGAAUGAAAAUUUACAAACGAUCCCAACAACUGGGUUUGAUGUUAAAAUGGUUCGAGCGUGUAAAGGUAUUUCAUUUACUGUAUGGGAUGUUGGUGGCCAGGAUAAAAUGAAACGACUAUGGAAAUACUACUAUCCAGGAGCUGAAGGAUUGGUCUAUGUUAUCGACAGUAAUGACCGCGAACGGAUCGAACAGUCGAAAUCUGAAUUACAUGAAAUAUUAAAAUCACCAGAAAUGACACAUAUUCCGAUUGUUGUUAUUGCUAACAAACAAGAUCUGAAAGAUGUAAUGUCCUGUUCUGAGAUUGUACAAAAGUUGGGUCUAAAUGAAUUGAAUGGUAAACACAGAUGGUAUAUACAAGGUGCAUGCGCAAUCAAUGGUGAUGGUCUCUUGGAUUCGAUGCUAGAAAUGUUACGUUUCAUUAAAGAAUAUCGAAAAUCCAAUGGUGAUUAUUCGAACUAUUGA